AUGGUUACCUCGGGUCGGGGGCGCUGGCGGCUGCAACGGGUCCCGGCGGGAGGGGGCGGCAGCGGCGGCGCGGCUCAGGCACUCCGUCCGACCUGGCAGGUGCUUUCACUGCCUAAGCCGUUGCGCAUCUACAGUAUUACUGUUAAUGGUGGAGGGGGAAGCACUCGGCACAUCUGGACACUGAUGCCGUUGAAGACUUCUCUUAUCCCUGGCUCAAGGUAUCUUCUGUGGGCACCAUGUAGCUGGGUACCUCUCUUCUUGCUUCUCCUGCUGAGCGGGCAACUCCACCUGGUGUCAUGUGCUACCCUGAGGAUCUGUGCCUUUAAUAUCCAGAGUUUUGGGGAGGCUAAGGCCAAGCAACCGGAGGUCAUGAGUGUGCUGGUCAAGGUUCUUGCCAGAUGUGACAUCUGUGUGGUGCAGGAGGUCCGUGACAGCAAAGGCAAAGCCAUGUCCCUUCUCCUCCGGGAACUCAACAGGGCUGACCCUGGCCACCAAUAUGAGGCCCUAGAAAGCCGGCGCCUGGGCCUGGGAAGCUACAAGGAGCAGAAUGUCUUUGUCUACAGAGCAGAUGUGGUUUCCAUCAUGGACUCAUACCAAGUCCCAGAGGCCGAGCCAGGGCAGGCAGAAUCCUUCCUUCGGGGACCCUUUGUUGCCCGUUUCAGCUGGCCAAAUUCAGACCUCUGCAAUUUGGUGCUAAUAUCUCACCAUGCCUGCCCCCGAAAUGCGGCCGGAGAGAUUGAUCAACUCUACAGAGUUGUCCAGGAUGUGAAACAGCAUUGGAAUGUGGAGGAUGUCAUGCUGCUUGGUGACCUCAAUGCAGGCUGCACAUUUGUUCCUCCGGAGGCCUGGCUGGGCAUCCGCCUGUGGCGUCACCCAGCCUUCCACUGGCUUAUUGGGGACCAGGUGGACACCACAGUCAGCACAAAGACCCACUGCGCCUAUGACAGGAUCAUAGUGCAUGGGAAGGCUCUGCUCCAGGCUGUUGUACCUGGUUCAGCCAAAACAUUCAACUUCCAGCAGGAGCUGGGCAUGUCUGAGGAGCAGGCCCUGCAAGUCAGUGACCACUACCCUGUUGAGGUGUGCCUGCAGUCAACUCCUCAGAAACACCAAGAGCUUUGA